AUGGAGAAACCCACGCUUAUGUCAGCUGUCCUCGGUUGUCUCCGCACGGUUUCCUUUCUGCUGCUGCUCACCUGCAGCGGCCCGCUGGUGGGAAGUUCUCUGGAUGCCUCUAAUGCGCUGCACGACCUGGGUGACUUCACCUACACGUACGGCACUAUCUUCUCCCCGCUGCUCAAGGCCCUCUCGGAGCACGGAGGGUCGAGGUGGAACCCGGGACUGAAGAGAAAGAUUAAACCCGAGCGCAGGUACAUGCGAUAUCUCACGGAGGUUUACAAGAAGUCCUCCAGAGUGCAACGGAGUUUGGACGGGAAUACCAACUACAACACAGUCCGACUGAUCAAGCCACGGGACGAAUGUCUUUCGCAAAGUAAAACAGGGAAUUUUAUGCAGGAUAUUUCCUACAGCCUUGAUCAAGUAAGAAGAAAAGAACAGCUUCUGAAGUCGGCCCUGCUCUACAAUUUUGACCAUGCAGCACCUGUCGACUCUAUAUGCUACCUGAGUCUUGGGGAGCAGGAGCACUCCAACCAGUGUCAGCUGUGUCCUGGGGUCCAUCACGCUGUGAACUUCACAGUCCGCACAGAUUCAAAGAGCAAGAGGAACUGGGUGGAGGUUGACGUCACCUCGUUUCUCCGGCCUCUCGUAAAGUUUCAGAAGAACGUACACCUGCUCAUCAAUGUCACCUGCCCAGAGGAACAAAGAGCCAGUGAUGAUUGGCGCAAAUCCCCAUUGAAGUUCACCCUGCGAUCCCCUCUUCUGUUGCUUUAUCUUGAUGACACCAGCAAAACCGCCCACCAGAAGUUUCUAGUCCAUGCAAAAGCAGGUCAAAAGCCAGCCGCUGCGGCGAACACGUUUCACAAGCAGAUGGUCUUCAAAUCAGAGCAGAGGAUUGGGCGAAAGAGGAGAUGGAAGAGGGAAUCUCCAAAGAUCAAGCGCGGCGCUAAAGGUCUGGAUAGCCACCUGCCGGAGCUUCUUUCAACCUCUGUAUUCCCGACAAGCGACUGUGCCUUGUAUGAUUUCAGGGUGCGAUUCAGCCAACUCAAACUGGAUCAAUGGAUUGUUUUCCCACCAAAGUACAACCCCAGGUACUGCAGAGGCAUCUGCCCGAGGACCAUAAGCUUCAUCUACGGCUCGCCGGUCCAUACCAUGGUGCAGAACAUCAUCUAUGAGAAGCUGGACGCGUCUGUGCCCAGGCCCUCGUGCAUUCCCUCCCAUUACAGCCCCCUGAGUGUCAUGAUCUUUGAAGAGGAUGGAUCCUAUGUCUCCAAGGAGUUUGAAGACAUGGUUGCCAACAGAUGCACAUGCCGCUAA